UUAAUUUUAAUUUUAAUUUUUUAAAAUUUUGAAAACAUGUUUAUUUUAUUUUAACUGUUAUUGGCUUAUUGCCAUGGUUGUUGUCGCCACCUCACUACUGUCACCACCGCCGCCGCCACCACCACCACCACCGCCAGAGUCACUGCCAACACAAUUUUCAUUCGCUCUACCUCUCGGUUUCCAUACAAGCUUCGUGCAGCAUUCUGAUGGUGCUCGUAGGACGAAACUCGAUGUCAGAGAACUGGCGAAUUGCGUUCGAAUUAUCCCUUUUGUUCGUGACCUCAAGCUUUGUGGUUGUUUCCAAGACUGUUACAACUGCUGAAACCAUGUUGGUUGCUCGAAUAAUCAGCGAAUGGAUUCCAUAUGGUCUAGGGCCCUCAGCAGUUGCAAAACAUAUGCUGGCAGUCAGCACUAAUCUCGUGCUUGUGGAAAAGUUUGACAUUGAUCCUAAUAAGGCUUUUGCAUUUGGGGACUGGUUGGUGGCCAAUAUAGUGGUCAAUUUUUAUUUAUUUAAUAAGAGUAGUAAUUUGAAUUAUCGGAGAUAUUUGAUUUUAUUUGUUUUCUGAUA